AUGACCACCGGCAUCAGCCCCGUCUCCUGUCGGUUCGCAGAUUAUUUCGUGGUGUGCGGACUGGACACCGAAAGCGGGCUGGAACCAGACGAACUCUCCGCUUUAUGCCAGUAUAUAGAGGCUACUAAAUUCAGUGAUGGGGCCAGAGGAAAAUUGGCAGGGGCAAGUGAAGGUGAGAAUUUUGAGCAGAGUCCCCUACGGAGAACCUUUAAAUCCAAAGUUCUUGCACAUUACCCGGACAAUGUUGAAUGGAAUCCUUUCGACCAGGAUGCAGUUGGCAUGCUCUGUAUGCCGAAAGGUUUGGCCUUCAGGACGCAGGUGGACUCCCGGGAGCCGCACUUCCACUCAUUCAUCAUCACCAGAGAGGACGGCUCUCGGACAUAUGGAUUUGCUCUCACCUUCUUCGAGGAGGUGACCAGUAAACAGAUCUGCAGCGCCAUGCAGACUCUUUAUCACAUGCACAAUGCGGAGCAGUACGACAUUUUGCAUACGCCCACCUCUCCUCGCGGACCCGAGGAGACGAGGCUCCACCACCACCCACAUGGUCAACCUCGGCCCAUCCUCCAUGCCGCCCCUGCCAUCUCCCGUCUGCAACGUUUCAACUCAUAUGACAUCAGCCGAGAUACGCUGUAUGUGUCAAAGUGCAUCUGCUUGAUCACACCCAUGGCCUUUGCCCAAGCCUGCCGGAAGGUGCUGGAGCAGCUUUACCAGGCAGUCACCUCGCCGCAUCCCCCGCCCCUCCCGCUGGAAAGCUAUGUCUUCAACAUCCUCUAUGAGGUGCCCCUGCCGCCUUCUGGGCGAUCCCUAAAGUUCUCAGGCGUCUACGGUCCCGUGGUUUGCCAGAGGCCGAGCACAUCGGAACUUCCGCUCUUUGACUUUGCCAUUGGUGAAAUGUUUAACCUACUGGGGGUUGAGAACGUACUUCAGUUGUUCACAUGCGCCCUGCUCGAGAUGCAGAUACUGCUCUACUCACAGCAUUACCAGAGGCUAAUGACGGUAGCAGAGAGCAUCACCGCCUUAAUGUUCCCUUACCAGUGGCAGCAUGUGUAUGUUCCCAUUCUGCCUGCCUCCCUUCUCCACUUCCUCGAUGCCCCAGUACCGUAUCUCAUGGGCCUGCAUUCCAAUGGGCAGGAUGACCGCACCAAGCUAGAGUUGCCACAGGAGGCCAACUUAUGUUUUGUGGACAUUGACAACCACUUCAUAGAGCUCCCGGAAGAGUUGCCACAGUUUCCUAACAAACUGGAGUUCAUACAAGAGAUCUCAGAGGUCCUUGUGUCCUUUGGAGUGUCGCCGGAAGGAAACAUCCACUUGAGCGACUUCCAGGCCAAGCACAGAGCCUUGCGAUCGGUCGAUGCCGUUUCCGACAAACGCAACGGUAACCUCUCCUCGCCUCUCAACUCCUACCUGCUGAGAGAGAAUGUAACCAUUGCCAGACUGCAGGCUCUGGUCAAGAGGACAGGGGUCAGUUUGGAGAAGCUGGAGGUUCGAGAGGACGCCGGCGGUAAUAAGGACUCGCGAUUUCAUUGCGAUGAAGAGGAGCUGAAGAUGCACCAGCUCAACAUUCACGUGCGUGAAGUCUUUGCCAACCGCUUCACUCAGAUGUUCGCCGACUACGAGGUGUUUGUGAUUCAGCCAAGCCAAGACAAGGAGUCCUGGUUCACCAAUCGAGACCAGAUGCAGAACUUUGACAAGGCUUCGUUCCUGUCCGACCAGCCAGAGCCCUACCUACCUUUUCUUUCUCGUUUCCUGGAAACACAAAUGUUUGCCUCCUUCAUCGACAGCAAGAUCCUUUGCCAUGACGAUGAAGAGAAGGAGCACACAUUAAGGGUGUUUGACACCCGUGUCGAUAAGGUCCGCAUGCUGAAUGUCCGCACACCCACCCUGCGUACCUCCAUGUACCAGAAGUGUACAAACAUUGAAGAAGCGGAGAAAGCCAUAGAAAUGAGAGUGAUGAAGAUUGACCACACAGCCCUACAUCCCCACCUCCUGGACAUGAAGAUCGGUCAGGGACGUUACGAGCAAGGUUUUUUCCCAAGACUCCAGUCUGACGUGCUCUCUUCGGGGCCCACAAGCAACAAAUGGGCCAAGAGAAGCGCUCCUGCUCAAUGGAGGAGGCGGGACCGCCAGAAGCAGCACGCAGAGCACCUUUAUUUAGAUAAUGACCAGAGAGAGCAUGUCGAGUGUUUGUUUCCGGAGCUCCAGCUCCUGCUGUUUCUUGACUACUACUGGCACUUGCAGUCCUUCAGGCCCUGUCUAAAGUCGGUGACUGUGGAUGUGAAAUACAUCCAAGAAGCACGGAACUUAGGCACAACCAUCAGACAGCCCAAACUGUCCAACCUGUCACCUUCAGUCAUCGCUCAGACCAACUGGAAGUUUGUGGAGGGGUUGCUAAAAGAGUGCCGAAUCAAGACCAAACGUAUGCUUGUUGAGAAGAUGGGUCGAGAAGCCGUCGAGUUGGGUCAUGUGGAGGUCAGCAUCACUGGAGUGGAAGAAAACACUCUGAUUGCAAGUCUGUGUGACUUGUUGGAGAGGAUUUGGAGCCACGGGCUACAGGUUAAACAGGGUAAAUCUGCUCUUUGGUCCCACCUGCUGCAUUACCAGGAGAGUAAAGAAAAGAAAAGUGCAACCCCAGCUGGUUUGGGACCACCAGGUUUUAUUCAUGACACUGAAAGACGCAAAUCAGACGGUGGUGGGUCUGCGAUGCCUCCUCUUAAAGUGUCGCUCAUCCAGGACAUGAGACACAUUCAAAACAUAAGUGAGAUCAAGACCGACGUGGGCAAGGCCAGAGCUUGGGUUCGCCUCUCCAUGGAGAAGAAGUUGCUCUCCAGACACCUGAAACAGCUGCUGUCCGAUCACGAGCUUACAAAAAAACUAUACAAGCGGUAUGCCUUCCUACGCUGUGAUGAAGAAAAAGAGCAGUUCCUCUACCAUCUUCUUUCAUUCAACGCGGUGGACUACUUCUGUUUCACCAAUGUCUUCACCACUAUCAUGAUUCCCUAUCAUGUGUUGGUGGUUCCCAGUAAGAAGUUGGGCGGCUCUAUGUUUACGGCCAAUCCUUGGGUGUGUGUGUCAGGUGAACUGGCUGAGACGGGCGUUCUGCAGGUCCCCAGAAACACUCAAGAGAUUACUUUUGAGUGUCAAAACCUGGGUAAGCUGACUACAGUGCAAAUGGGUCAUGAUAACACGGGUCUCUACGCCAAGUGGUUAGUGGAAUGCGUUAUGGUGCGCAAUGAGAUCACGGGGCACACAUACAAAUUUCCGUGCGGCCGCUGGCUAGGAAAGGGUGUGGACGACGGCAGCCUGGAGAGGAUCCUUGUCGGCGAGCUGAUGACGCCCACCACGGAGAAUGAUGAACGGACGUGUCGCACGCCACCAAUGCAGCAGUCGCCGGGAAUGAUGAGGAGAUUUGUUACCAUCUCGCCAAAUAGCAAGCCAAAGUUAAACACAGGUCAGAUCCAGGAGGGAGUGGGAGAAGCCAUCAAUGGCAUCGUCAAGCAUUUCCACAAACCAGAAAAGGAGAGAGGCAGUUUGACUCUUCUUCUGUGCGGGGAGUUUGGUCUCGUCUGGGCUCUGGAGCAGGUUUUCCAGCAUGGUUUUAAAUCCCCUCGACUUUUUAAAAAUGUCUUCAUCUGGGAUUUCUUGGAAAAGGCACAAGUGUACUUUGAAAGUGCAGAGCAGCGGGAGGUGACUCCGGAUGAGAACUGGCAAAGCCGAGUGCGCCACUUCUGCCGCUUCAUGCGCGCAAUCAACAGCACGUCGAGAAACAUUGGCAAGGACGGAAAGUUCCAGAUGCUCAUCUGUCUUGGUGCAAGGGACCAUUUGCUGCACCACUGGAUCGCGCUUCUUGCAGACUGUCCAAUCACGGCGCAGAUGUAUGAGGACACAGCUCUGAUCAAAGACCGCUCACUGGUCAACUCUCUGAUUCGAGUCCUUCAGACUCUGCAGGAGUUCAAUAUCACCCUAGAGGCAUCGCUCAUUAAAGGUGUUGGCAUUUAA